AUGUCGCAGGAUGAUACGAAGGUCGCGAGCGGAGUCAAGCUGGAGGAACUCCGCAGCUGGCCGGAGGAGAUGUGCCGUCGGCAGCUGCCCUCGGUGCUGCCCCAGCUUAUCGCUAUGUAUCAGCGUUCUGAAAGAUGGAUUGAACAUAUCCGAAUUUUGAAAAUCAUUGUUGAAAUGUUUUUGCCUCAUAUGAACCACCUGACAUUGGAACAGUCUUUGUUUUCCCAAGUUCUCCCAAAGACCGUAAAAUUAUUUGAUGACAUGAUACAUGAAUUAACCAAUGAAGCCAAAGAACUCUCAAGCCAAAAUUUAGAAAUCCAGGUCACCCUACGGAAUAUUUUACAAACAAUGGUGCAUAUAUUAGGAGGCCUUACAGGAUGUGUUCAUCAUGUCUGUGCCACACAGGAUUCCGUCAUUCUAGAAAAUAUUCAUAGUCUUCCCUCAUCCGUCCUGCAUGUAAUUAAAAGUACAUUUGCACACUGUAAGAAUAGCGAAUCUGUGUAUUCUGGGUGCUUACACCUAGUGUCAGACCUUCUCCAGACUGUUUUCAAGGAGGCCUAUUCUCUCCAGAAGCAGCUGAUGGAACUGCUGGACAUGGUUUGCCUGGGCCCUUCAGUAGAUGAAAAUAACACUUUGCUGAUGGUGGAAGUUAUUCAUUCAUUAUUGGAUAUCUGCUCUGUUAUCUCCAGUAUGGACCGAGCAUUUCAUGCCAAUACUUGGAAGUUUAUAAUUAAGCAGAGCCUCAAACACCAGUCGGUCAUAAAGAAACAGUUGAAACACAAAGAGAUAAUUUCCAGCUUGUGUGAAGACAUUCUUUUCUCCUUUCAUUCUUGUUUGCAGUUAGCUGAGCAGAUGACACAGCCAGUUGCACAGGAUAAUGCUGACUACAGAUUAUUUCUGAAAACACUCAAAGUGUGUCGUUUCUUUGCUAACUCCCUUUUACGCUACACUAAGGAAUUUUUUCAUUUCCUGCCUGAUUCUUGCCAUGUUUUGCACCAGCUUUAUCUUCAGAUACACAGCGAGUUUCCUUCAAGCCUAUAUGCUGCUAGGAUUCCCAAAGCACAGCAGGAGGAAAUAGCAGGUGCUUUCCUUGUGAUACUGGAUGCACUCAUCAGUCAGCUGCUCAAAUCCCAGCCUUUUGUGCAGGCAGUUUUGGCUAGUAAACUCGACCUGCCCAGUGAACUGCAGCUCCCACAAGUCCUGCUUCUGGUUGUCAUCAUGGAUAAGCUGCCCUCCCAGCCUGAGGAUGUACAGACCCUGUGGUGCACAAAAGAUACAACUAGGAUGUCCCUGCUCCAAGCCAUUUUCUACAAUUUUGGGCGUUGUUCUGGUGAACUCUCUGUGCCUGUUCAUUCACAGGGAGUAAAGAGUAAAGGACAAGCUGAGGUGCCUGUCACUUUGUAUCAGCACGUGUGUGUUCAUGUUUGUGCACUCGUUGCUUCUUUUCAUCCCUCACUGUUUGCUGAGCUGGAUGCUGUUCUGCUGAACGCCGUGCUUAGUGCUCAUAUGGCUACCGCCCUGUUAGCGAUGGAUGUGUGGUGCUUCCUCGCUCGAUACGGGACUGCUGAACUAGGCGCACACCAUGUCACCUUAGUGGCUCAUCUGAUCAAAUCUUGCCCUGGAGAGUGUAUCCAGCUUAGCAACCUAUCAGCACUGUUGAAGCGUCUCUUUUUCUUCAUGGCUCCACUCUAUCAGGUGGAAUUUAUCCAGAGAUUUCCUCCAAAGGAAGCAGACAACUUGCCUCUGUGGCAGCAUAUCUCCUUCCAGGCGUUAUCUGCUGAUCUCAGGAAACGAGCUGCAUAUGAAGUGUUCAGAGUAUGCACAGCACAGUGCAGGAAGUGGUUGAGCAGUGAUCACACUUUGGCAGAACUUGGCUUUCUGAACACAGCACUCUCUGCGUUGUUUACUGUAUGUAAUUCUGCUGGCGACACCUUAGAUACUAGACAACUAACUGUGGUCACUGAAGUUGUGGGCCAGCUGUGGGCUUCUCUAAACACUGAACAAGUAAUGAGCCAACCUUAUGUUCAACAGACAUUUAGCCUUUUACUUCAGCUACUGGCGUUCUGCAUCCAAACUGUAGAUCUGCAGCUGAUAAGUCAGGUUGUAACUGUACUGACCCCGCUAAUUAAACUAGAGCUUCCCGACCACGUCUCUUUAGCAGUGCUGGAUUUUAUAUCUUCUCUGGGCAAACUUUUUAUACCUAAAGAUAUCCAGGACAAGGUGCUGCCCAACCUGUCUUCUGUUCUUGCUUUACUGAUGGCCAACAGGAAUUGGCUGCUAGAGCAGCAUACUUUGGAGGCAUUUACUCAGUUUGCUGAGGGAACAAAUCAUGAGGAGAUAGUUCCACAGUAUCUUGGUUCUGAGGAAAUCAAGAACAAAGUUGUAGCUUUUUUGGAAAAGACAGGACUUACAGAUGAAACUGAGACUGCCAGUAUGGACAGUGUGCAGCAGGAGAAAGGCGCUGAUUGGGAGCCCGUUGCUAAGGUGACUGUAGAAGAAGCAAAGGGGUCGGCUUUACAGCCUUGCACGAAGAGAGCACGUCAUGAGCUCCCCGGGGAAGAAGAGUACAGGACAGCAUUUCAAGCAGCAGCAGGGGCUUUAGAGACAACUGAGUUGUUACUGGAACACUCUCCUGCUCCAGCCUGGCUGCUAGGGGAGCUGGAGGCACUGCAGGAAAGAAUUGAGAAGCUAAAAUGCUGUGUGCUUGAGGGUAAAAUAUAA